AUAAAGGCAAGCGAAGCGUAGUGGAGGAAAUGCACGGGAUUUGUGCUCUGUUGAAAUAAUACGUCAUCUUUUAUUCCAAAGUGAUUUCAUAAAUUCGUUUGUAAUUUCGAUUACAACUACUAUUUAUUGUUUAAACAACAGAAUGCCGGCAGCGCGAGGAGUAAAACGGACAGCAUCCAAAUCUUCGGCCACUGCAUCAACCGCAGCACCAAAAAAUAAGAAAAAACGUGGAACAAUACAACUAGACAUCCCAGCAGCGCCUAAGAAAAGAGGCCGUAUCUUUAGUUGCGGACAGGGGGAUGUGGGACAGCUUGGCCUCGGUGAAGAUGUUGUUGAGACUACCAAGUUCAAACAUGUGUCAGCCCUUGGUGACAAGAUAGUGGAUGUAUGCGCAGGUGGAAUGCACACAGUAGCUCUAGACAGUGAUGGCAAGGUGUGGACAUUUGGUUGCAACGAUGAAGGUGCUCUAGGACGGAAUACCAACGGUGAAAAGGACGAGGGCACUCCUAAAACUGUUACACUUCCCAAAAAGGCUGUAGCUAUAUCAGCAGGGGACUCGCACACUGCAGCACUUUUGGACAAUGGAGAUGUGUAUGCUUGGGGAGCUUUCCGGGAUUCACAUGGCAGCAUGGGUCUGGUUGUCCGUGGCAGAGAAGGCAAGGCGUGCCGAGAACCCGUCCGACUGGAUAUCGGAGAAACCGCAGCUGGUAUAGCUUCGGGUGGAGACCAUCUAGUUGUGUUGUCUGUUAGUAUUGUAUUAUAUAUAUUAAAUUGUAUUGUAAGAACCUUAGGGAUGGAAUGGUAAGUGCAGCGGAAGAAGUGUGUGGAACAAUAAAAAGAGGCAGUAGUAAAAGAAGAGAUGCAUGGUGGAAUGAUGAAGUGAAAGAAGCUGUAAAGAAGAAGAAGAAAGCAUGGUUAGACUACUUGGCCUCUAGUAAUGAUAAGGAUAUGAGAGAGAAGAUGAAAGAAAGAUAUAAGCUGCAGAAAGUUCACACGAAAGCAUUGAUUGAGGAAGUGCGUGAAAGGUGUAGAAUGGAAGCGGAUGAAAGGUUGUCGCACAACUUUAAGGAGAACUCCAAACUCUUCUGGAAAGAGGUUGGAAGGACCCGAAGUGGUGCGACGGCCUUAAGAAUGAACAAAGUGCUUUCGAGAACUAAUGACGUCCUCUCAGAAAAAUCGGACGUCAUGCAGCGAUGGAGCGAAUUUUAUAGAGAAAUGUAUGCGUGUGAUGAUCUUAGUGAGGGAUCCGGGGAUGACGCCGUGACUGGCAUGCCAGACCCGGACCUCGAUGACACUGAGGUCAUCAGUAUGAAAGAGAUUGAACGUGCGAUUCGAAGUUUGAAAUGUGGUAAGGCUGCGGGACUAGACAGAGUUACUGCUGAAAUGGUCAAGUAUGGUGGGCCUCGCGUCUGGGACAGCUUUCAUCUGCUGUGCAAUUUGUGCUGGCGGACGGGGGAUGUCCCGGAUGAUUGGCGAUCCGCAGUCAUUGUGCCUUUAUAUAAAGGUAAAGGUUCACAUUUUGACUGCGGGUGCUAUCGGGCGAUCAGCUUGACCAGUUUAGCAAGUAAAGUUUACUCGAAGGUUUUGACACGUAGGAGGCAAGAGAAAUCGGAAAGAUUUCUAUGGGAGGCACAAUGUGGAUUUAGACCUGGAAGAGGAUGCACGGAUCAAAUGUUUUCUCUCCGUAUGAUCACGGAAAAGCUUCUGGCUGUUAACCAGAAGAUUUUCUGUGCUUUUGUGGAUCUUGAGAGAGCAUUUGAUAAGGUUGUAAGGAAGAAAAUGUGGGAACUGUUGCCGGGGUAUGGUGUGGAUGGCCGAUUGCUAAGGGCUGUGCAAUCUCUUUACUGUGACUGUAAAGCCUGUGUGCGGGUAGGGCAUGACCUGUCACCCAUGUUUAGCGUCCAAACGGGCGUAAAACAGGGUUGUGUCAUGUCUUCCUGGCUGUUCAUACUGUAUCUCGACAGCUGUUUACAAAAGCUGAAAGAUAGCUGUUUGGGUGUGAAAUUGGGUGACAUAAAAGUAAAUUGUCUGCUGUAUGCUGAUGAUGCAGUGCUUAUUGCACCAUCAGAGGCAGAACUGCAGGCAUUAGUCACGUGUAUGAAAGAGGAAUGUGAAAUUAAAGGUCUCCGUUUGAAUGCUAAUAAAACUAAGGUUCUGGUAUUUGAAAGGGACGAAGAGAGAACGAAGUGUGAAAUAUGGGUAAAUCAGGAAUGUCUAGAACAGGUAAAUGAAAUUGUAUACUUGGGGAGUGCUUUUAGCCGGGAUGGAAGAUGUGAUUUAGAUGUGGACAGGCGUGUCGCUGCCGGGAACAAAGUCAAUGGUGCCCUGACUGCGUUAGUCAAAAGGCAAGGCGUAGCGAAGAGUGCACGCCUUGCAAUACAUAACGCAGUGUUGGUACCGACUUUGUUAUAUGGCAGCGAAACCUGGGUAUGCCAGAAGAAGCAUAAAAGUAAGUUGAAUGCAGUGGAGAUGCGAUCUCUUCGUAAAAUGUGCGGCGUUACUAUGGCCGACCGAAAGCGAAACGAAGAGAUUCGCAAUAUGGCAGGUUUGAAAGAUGACCUUAUCACAAAAAUUGAUAAGGGCGUGCUUCGGUGGUUUGGGCACGUUGAGCGAAUGAGUGAAGACCGAAUGGUGAAGAAAAUAUAUAGCGCGAAAGUUAAUAUUAAAAGGUGUCGAGGUAGACCGAGACUAACUUUCGAAGACCAUGUGAGCAAAUUGCUCGAAGAGGGUAGGGUCAAGAGUACUCGGAUACCUAGACGUGCAUGUAUGAAGAAGAUAAUGAAUCUGAAAGAAGCGCAAGAGAUAUGUAAGGAUCGUGACACUUGGCGAUCUGUUCUCUCUGGCUACCCCGUCAGGGAUUGUGCGUGAAGAUAAGUAAAGUAAAGUAAAUUGUAUUGUAUUUCUUUUAAAGUAACACCUGUGCAACAUACCUCCGAGCUUAUUUACUUAUUUAUUUUUAAUUUACUCUCAGUGAUCUAUCAACACAUUAGAAAGGCAAAGGCUUGUGUUUAAAUGUUCAUCAUACUUUUUCACUUCUUUUAAGACUGAGCCUUGUAAUUUCUUUUAUGUGAUAAGUGUGACAAAUGAGCACACAGUUCACCUGAUGGUAAGUGGUUGCUGUGGCCCAUAUUUCUAUAACUAUAAAUCUAUCAAAAUGCAGAUGCGUUGUCGCCCCUGAGGACUAGGAUGGAAUGCGGAAAGGAUGAAAUUUACGCUGGUACACUGGUCACAGAAGUGAGAGCAUGGUUCUUCCCUGACAGAGCCAUCUCAUUCGUGCUACAACUGUACCAGUAAUAUAGCUGCAUCAUGGCUCUACCACGUAAAAUUAUUUUGGCAUCAAUCACUAUUGCUGUUGUUCCGAUUACACAAAUUCACAGUGAAAAAUCACCAUGACUUUAUCUUGUUUAUGUGGUAUAUCACACUG